UGCAAAGGUUGGCUAAUACAAGUAGGAUCAUUUCAUGAACAGAAAAACAUCCAAAAACUGAAUUAGAAGCCACUGGAUGGCCUCACAUACUCAGAAAUGCUUGGGGCAAACACUACUGAAAUAUCUCACUGCGUAGGACAAUUUGAACUUUAAAGUCACAUGAUGAAGCCACUGGUUUUCUAAACAUACAACGUAUGCAGUUUGAAUAACUUAAAACCGAGUUCCUGUUUCCCCUGCAGAACUGUAGGUUUCUGUAGUCUUUGACUGUAUGAUUUUUAGCUUGAUACACAGCAACUAAAGAAGUGACUUUGUUUACGAAGGAAGCAGAGUGUGAAUGAGGAAGGCACGGAAGGCAGGCACCUCCAGACAGUGGCAACCCUUGGAGAGCGGAUGGGAGCCAAACCAGACCAGUAGAACAGGUUGCGAUUUCAAUCUUCAUAAAAGAGGAAAUAGCUUUACACAGAAGGAUGAUUUCUCACAACAUGACAUGGAUAAGAUAUCCAAGCCAUAGUUUCGACCCAUCUAUUGGAAUAGAAGACCUCAUAGUUUCUCAAAAUGUCAUAUCAAGAUUUAUGCACUGCUACAUUGCCUUCUUUGUACCAACAGGUUUAAUAGCCGGGAUAUUUAUCCUGACCAUCUUCAUAAAGAACUAUUUGCGGCAUAGUGUCUUGGAAAAAUUAGACAUAUUUCUUUUUUAUUUCACCAUCAGCAAUAUUGUAAUGAUAUUUUUUUCAUUCACUGUCAUAACUAGACCUGACUAUUUAAUGGCAACCCAGUUAGGCUGUGGCACUCUGUCAUUUUUUUUCAAUGUGAGUUAUUUCAAUUCUCAGUAUCUUCUGAUUUUGAUGCUUCUUGCUUUUUUACUCAAUAGAUUCCCACCAAGGACUGUUUUGAUGACCAAAGCAACUCAAAGUCCAAUGUUAUGUGUUGGAUUUGUACUAACAUGUGCCUUCUGCAUAUCACUGGUAGUGGUGGCAUUGCUAGGCACAGAUAACUACCACAAAGAAACAGGCUGCCAGUUAGACCCAUUAUUCGCAUGGCCUGAAUAUGAGAUUACUAAAUUCAGCUUUGGGUUUGGAAUUCCAUUGUUUUUCCAGAUACUCUGUUUUAUUCUAUUUUUUGUUAAAAAAGCACAACCAGAAGCUCCAACCCUGAGAGAGACUAUUCAAGCUUAUCUGGCUGUGCUGACUAUAACCAUAACAAUGUUUGUUUGCCGUCUGUUUUACAACAUUAUGAUUCUCUCCAGGACCACAUUAAAGAUACACAAAACUAUAGGAACUCCCAAGAAUGAGCUAAUGAUGAAUAUUGCAGAGAUAGUGUUGUUUAGUGAGAACUGCAUUAGUUUGAUAUUCAUACUUUGUCUUCAUAAACCAUGCCAGGCUGGAAUACUGAAAAUCCUAAUGAAUCUCACAAAAGUUUGCAGAAAAGAUACUACCAACAAUCAUCUUGAAAUACCAGUAACAGAUAUACAUGGUGAAAAUGGGUCUCACUGACUUCCCUCCCCAUGCAAAGUAUUUAAACAUUUUCACUUGUUUUAUCAAGAACUGUCUAUUGGUUUUGGCCCAAGACUAGACCUACCUUACAAAUAUUUGAAGAAAAAUGUUGUUUGGGACCUACUGUCAAGGUUUUUAAAAUGAAAGGAACUGAUUUAUGUUGGAAUUUCUCUAAACCAAAACAAAAAGCCUAACGCAUACUGAUGCCAGAACAGCAUGCUUUCUUGAUGACUUCGAUGCACAAGCACGGAAAUAAACAAAAGCACAGCAAAAGCAUCUUUACCAAAGACAAAAUCAGGAGGGAAAGACAGUCUGUUUUUAUAACUGUAUUUCUAUGCAACUGGAAUUUAGUGUACUCGAGAUGGACAAUAUUUAUGUAUUAUACAAAUAAUGGCUAAUUCGAAGGGCCAUAGCAGUAAAAUAUGGCCCAAGAGUGAAAAAAGUCUUGACAUUGUGAUAUUGGCAGAACUGUGAUAUAUUGUACAGUAUUCCAUAAUUUUAAAAAAUACAGUGCUAACCUGAGAACA